AUGGAGGCAUCACCGCUGACCCGUCAGCCUCCGCCCGAGGUGUUCAAACCCAAGAUUGUCCAGCUCUACGAGUCGCUAUUCAAGGACGCCGAAGAUGAUUCAGAACGCUCCGAGGGUUUCUGGCGCGAGUUCUUCCUCCUCCGACCCGACCGCGCGGCCUUGAGGCGGAUCCUCGACGGUCUCGGACCCACAGACAUGCUUGCGCUGGAAGAUCACACAAGGGAACUCUUUGCGCGUGCCGUGGCGGCUGUGAAGAGUGGACAGGGUGUUGCGGACUUGCAUGCACUUGAUACGCUCAGCGUUUUCCUCUGCUCGGCGCUGUCGAAGAAGUAUGCGCAUCCUAGCUCGGACAUCAUCAACGUGCUGGCGGGCAUCGACUACAUCGACACCAUCUUUACGGACUUUGUGGGAGCGCUGGAUCAGAUCAUCCGGAGUGGAAAGAGCUUGGAUCUGCGGCAAAAGGCCGUCGAAGUUGUGCUGGCUGUGACGGCGGGCGCAUACCAGACGAGCCUCUUGACGUACUUUAUCCAAAGGGACCUCUUCCCCGCGGUAAUGAAGUUCGUCCAAGACGCCGACACGACGGAGCGCAUCCUCAGCCCCUUUACCCUCCUUGGCCUCCUGGCCAACUACAACAAGUUUGAGUUCCAGAAUCCGUAUCAGAUGCGACUGAACGAUUUUGUCAACGAGGCGACGAUCAAGAAAAUCAUACGAUGCAUCGGCGAGACAUGCCAGCGCCUGACUACACAGUACGUAGAGGUGCAGGAUGACCUGCCCGAGGGGUGGACGCUCAAUGGCACGCUGCACAUGAUCGGGCUCGGUGUCGUUGCAAGGGGCCCAAGGCCGGAGAAGAAGGCAGUGUACGACGCCGAGACCAUGAAGCAAAUGUUUACCAAACUUCCCGGCGAGGAGGCGGCCGUGUUGCUGGCGACGUAUGACUUCACUCAUGCCAACAAGCUCUUUUGCUUUAACCUCGCUACCCUUCCUGCCGAAAAGGGUGGGGAACAACCGCUAGCGGCUUUUACAUCAGUCACAUCCUACCUCCUCCAGCACGCCCACCUCUCAGAGCGUGCGACACACUACUCCCAUCUCAACCUAAUGGUCUUUCGACUGCUGAUUGAAGACCCUGUGCUUUGCAAGCGGAUAUGCAGCGAAGAGUCCAAGGGGCACGUCCGCUUGUGUCGCCAAAGACAACCAUUCCUCCCGCUGGUCAGAGGGGAACGGAUCCUCGCAACAGCGGUGCUGGAUACGAUGGUGGAUGGAAUCACGCAUAACCUCCGCCGCAGACUGGAUGUAGGCUUGUAUACGCUGUGCGUGGGGAUUCUUCUGCGCGUCGUGUCGUACCUUUCCCGGUCUCGCACACGCUUGAGCUAUCACUGGGCGGAUCUUUUCCGAGCCCUGCUCAACCUGGUCAAAUUCCUGACGACAUACGUCGCGGACCUGAAGGACCUCUCACAGAUCGACUUGCUGCUGGACAACGUAGUCAACCUGCUCGCCUUGUCCCUAUCCGCAGGCGAGGGCUUCUUGCCAUCACCCGCCGCAUACGACGACCUCUUCUACAAGGUCGUCGAGGCGGGCGACGUGCUGAUCAAGUUCAAGGACAGCUACCAGCUCGGCAAACGUCCGAGCAACUCGAUCGACACGCUCAUCAACGUGAGCACGCACUACAAGGAGCUGCUGGCCGAGGGCGGGAAGAAGAAGGGGAACCUCACGAGCAUCCAGGUGACGGAAGUGAUCAAGCAGGGGUACGAGACGCUGAGUAUACAGGCCAAAGAGGGCCUCGACACAUGGGAUCGAUAUCGCGAGGCCGACGAGCGGACGCUGCUGAAGAAGAUGGCACGGGCGGCUGUUGUUGAUGUCAGGGAGAUGGUUGAGCGGUAA